AUGUCUGACCAAAGUGUUCAUUCUGCAAGUGACAAAAAAGCUACUGGAAUGGACGAGCCAGACUUUGUCUGCAUGCAGAAACGUGUUCAACUAUUAGCGAGAGCCGUUCAAGAGCACAUAUUAUCCAGUUCAAACAGCCGGAUCGUCAGUACAAUAAACGAGAAUGAGGUAUCAGUAGAUGCAGCUGCCGUAAACGCGUUGAAUGGCAACCUCGAUAGCUCUGGACAAUUAAGCAAUGGACCAUCUGCUAUGACCGAUAUAUCCAAAAGUCAAAAUGAAUACAUGUCUGCUUUUAAUACACUUAGACUCCGCCGUGCAAGAGAAUUAUCCAAUGAUAUUUCAAGUGUAUCCAAUUCUAACCAGCCCCAAACUACCAGACACACAACAGCAGCUGAACAAUCCAUCCAUGAUCAGCUAGCUAAUAUCGAGGUUAUGCUUCAUCCAACUCUGCAAAAAAUUGGCCAAACACAAACUGUUUCCAGAAAACGCACUCAAUCGGUCCAGUCCACUUUUGCAAAGCCAGAAUUCAACAGUUUUCAGUUUUGGGGUACGCUUCAAUCUCCAUUAGCAGAUAUCUCCAAACUUGAUUCUAUCAUCGAAGUUCCCAACCCAGAACAAAUUCUAGCCAAAGAAUACAUAAAAGAAACACUACAUGGAAAUAUAGAUACUGAAGGACUUGAAAAACGUAUUGAACUUUUGGAAGGAAUCGUCAAAACACAGGCGCUACAAACCCAAGCAUUAUUGGAGCUCCAUGCUCACUCGAAACAAAAUCUACCUGAACCACCACAUCAAGAAACAGUUCAAAAAAAUGUGAUCAAAACUAGCACAACGAAUACUGUGCAGAUCCAUAACAAGAUAAAAGUUUAUACGGAAAGGAUGCCUGUGGUACAAACUGGUCCUGCUGGACAGCAUACCAUUCAUUCGCAUCCAACUACAUCAAUUUCCAUCGAGUCUUGUAAACCAAGACCUGGACCGAUUGAUGAUACUGCACAAAAUGGAACUGUGUUUUACUCAGCUACUGAGCGCGAUUGCACUAUUCUAAAUCAAUCGCAACUGAUGGUUGAACCUCGCAACAAUGCCUCAUCAUCCACUCAAGCCUAUUUGAGAGCAGACAAGAAGGAUAAAAUUAUGGUAUCUUUGCAACCUAUAACAGGUAAAGCCAUUGCAGAACCUUUAAUUGCACAACCAUACGCCACACAGUCUAGCCAAGCUGGACAGCAAGAAUGGAUAGCGUAUGGCGAUUCGUGGGUAACUCUCGAGUUUUACAUGAAGGAAAAAGCUCGACGUGAACAAGAAAAAAGAGAUGCCAUACAAAAAUCUAUGUCAGACUUUUAUGUGCGUGACUUGCAAGCAGUCGGUAAAACUAUGGGUGCAUCUGCAUCAGAUAGAUUCAAUGUUAUUACACCGACAUCACAGACUAGAUCUAUGCAACCAAUUGCUGAAAUGAAUCAGAACGUACUCAAACAAAGUGUGAUGCGCGUUACCGCUCCUAAUUGCACUGUAUACAAUCAAAAUAUUCAGGAUCAAAUUAUACCAGAUCGUAUGAUUGAGUCUUCUAGAGAAACUCUACAAGACUGUCAUUCAGCUCGCGUCAUUUCUCACCCGCCACUAGCUCAAACCAUUUCAUUCAAAAACAUGCAUAGAGAAGCACAACAGCCCAGUAUCCCACGGCAAAAAAGCAUGCCGAAUCCACCUACUGCUAAAACCAUCCUGGUUUCCGUUGAUCCUAUAAAACAAACUUUAAAUCAGUCACAAACAAACUUGAUUAAAACUGCUACAGAUCCAGAGAGCAAAGUAGAGCGUGAACCAACAUUUCCCAAACAUUGCGCGAUUACAAAACAAGAUAUGAAAAUUCAAGUGAGUGAAGCGGACCCCAUUCCUAUUGGACAGUCUGGAACAAACGCACAAAAUGCACUAUCAACAACAACUCUUCAUGAUGAAGACUUUGAUGCUAUUUUAGGAGUAGAUCACAUUCCAGGAACGGGCAAGCAUAACGAUCUACUUGAGCUUUCAUCAUUCAUAAAACCAAAACAAUCGUCUUUGGAACUCACUACCAGCGAGAUCAAGGAUACAUUACCAUUGUCACAAAAGAUACUAAAGAUUUUUCGGUGGUUUAAUUUUUUGCGAUCUUUGUGCACGGCUGGGUAUUCACUCCAUACAGCAAUCAUGGCCUUACAGAAUCCCUAUAUGAUAGAGCUACACGCUGUUGGUUUUUGGGCUGCCUCGAUUGUUUUUGUGAUUGUGGACAUACUUGUUGCUGCUCUAAGAGCAUUUCCAAAAACAUUGUGGUUUUGUUGGGAUGUACGUCAUUGGGAUCCGCUUGAAAAAACAUGGUCUCCAUGGGCACUCGUUGCAGACCACGAUCUUAUUAUUGAUGUACUUCCUAUUUUGGCCAACGUGGUUCUUAAAGUCUAUGGAUACCGACUAACAGAGAUUGUUGCAAAUCCAAACGCACGUAACUCGAUUACACAAACACAAUAUCAGUUUUCAGAUUUUACCAAUCCUCAAAACAGUAGUUUAAUCCUGCUUGUGCUAUUCGGCAUCGCCUUAUUUUACACCGUAAUGUUUCAUACCAUUCGACUAUGGCGAGUGACCACGUUUGUCAAAAAAAAUCCUAUUUUAGGCAUAUUAGUUGUGAUUAAAGCCAUGCUACUUCUCUUUGACAUUUUAACCAACGCUUUGCUGCUCUAUCAAAUUCUUGUGUAUUCUGGUCUUCGAUUGCUAUCUGCAGACAGACAACUACAACUUAUGCUUGCAGUGGUUGUACCCUCCCCAAUCAUCACACUCACAACCAAUACACUACUAAAUCUUCCAAUGCAUUUCACAAUGCUCCGUGUUCAACUGCAAGGUAAACGCGAUUCUAUCACUGGACAAUCAGGUGAUAGCGUUGAUGCAGGAAGAGUAUUCCGAACUGCAAUGAGAAGAACGUUUCAUCCUGCGAUUGUAAUUGUGUUUGGUUCGUAUGCGACAUUUUCUACUGUUGCCCUGUUUAUUCUGCUAGGUAUUAUGCUUGGGUUUGAUCCAAUUGCACAGAUACAGGCCGGUCAUGUUCCCCCUGGCGUGAUUCCUACUUCUGGGUUUUUUGGAUGGGGUGGUGGUCAGGAUGGACUCUAUAGCGGAUCAAAUGUUUUACUAGGGAUGGUGUGGGUUAAUUUGGUUUCGAAUUAUCUUGUGGGUGUACUGUCUGCACUAGCCUACUGGACUUUUGCUCUUGGAUAUGGCAUUUAUCUUGCUAUUUUUCGUUUUUAUAGAACCUAA